AUGGUUUCUGUCAAACUCGCCCAACUUAUCUCAAUUGCUGUAUUUGCAUCCACCUGCAUAAACAUCCAUGCUGAGACCAUCACAACUGGAACCAUUGGAAUGAACAAGCCCAACGAAGGAUCUCUCGGUUCUUUGAAGAAACCCAAGCCACCUGUUACUUUGGGUCGGAGAAGUUCCAGAAUUUCGUUACUACGAAGGAAUAAGCCAUCAACGAGUGAUUCCCCGCCAAGAAUCAAGGCACUUGAUAGCGCUAUUGACGGAUUCAAGCUGCCGCUACGCAAACAAUCAGGAUCUUCAAGUGAAGCAGAAAGCGAGGCGAUACCCAAGAAGAUCACAGGCAAGCCCAUCACUCGCGUUCUUGCCAACACUGGAGACAUCAUCUCUUCCAACGGCGCAGUUACUGGCAAUUCCAAGCCACCAACAAUCCGCAAGCAAAGAGAAAGCUCAAUUGACAAUGUCGUUUGGGAACGACAACAUCCGGCUUCCGGUCCUCACCCCAACGAAGUUGACAAGAAGCCAUCCACGGAGCACCAGCAGACAAAGCGCAAGGACAACCAGCCCACUGAACCUAUCACUGGACCAACAAAAAAAGGAAGAGGCAAAGAAGGGAGGCGUGAGGUCGUUCCUGAAGAACAUGGUCAACAGCGGGGACGGGGGUACCAAUGGAGGAAACAACAAGGCGCUGAAAGGUCAACCUACAGUCGAUGUGCAUAA